GAAUUUUCGGAUUUCUACGUUGAUUUCAACGAAUAUGUCGGCUUAAAGAAGAUUUUUACAUUUUCUCACAUUUCCAGAUGGCCUCAUCUGAGGGAGCAGCUGCUGGCCUUAAACUGGAUGGUGGGUCAUUCAACAAUGGGGAUGUCUACAGGUCCCAUUCCAAGAACUACCAGGAAAGCUUCUUUAAGAGUCUACAAAUCCUGAGAAAUGACAGUACAUUCUGUGAUGUUACUCUUCAAGUUGAGGGCCAAAGUUUUCCCUGCCACAAGGUUAUUCUUAUGGCUGGCAGCUCCUACUUCCACGCAAUGUUUGUGAACAACAUGGCGGAACAUGACAAGGAGGCCAUCGUCAUUGGUGGCAUCACAAAGGAAAUAUUCUCAAGUCUGUUGGAUUUUCUUUACUCAGGAGACGUGGAAGUUACAGUGGACAACUGUGAGGAGUUACUGGUCUCCGCAGAUAUGUUAGCCAUCGUGGAUGUGGUAUCCGCGUGUGCCAAAUUUCUCCAUAGCAAACUACAGCCGGAUAACUGUAUGGGUAUAUACCAAUUUGCUGAGGCAGUUUCCUGCAGUGUCUUAAAACGGGAUGCUGAAAACUACAUACACAAGAACUUUAUAAAGGUGAGCCAAGAGGAGGAGUUUCUAUCACUUGACACAAAGACCGUAACCCACUUCCUGGCAAGUGAACUGCUGCAUGUGGAAAAUGAGUUUCAGGUCUUUAAAGCUGCUAUGGACUGGGUGCAGCACAACUCGUUGGAGAGAAAAGUUCACAUCUUUGAAGUCAUGUCGCCAAUACGCUUUCCAAUAAUUUCUGAAAACCAGAUGGAAAAAUAUAUUAACUCAGUUCCAGAUUCUGAUCUCAGUAUAAAAAUAGCGCUUCAAAAAAUUGUUAAUGAUUUUCGAACAGAUAAAAAACUUUUUGGUGUAUUUGAAAAGAAAGCGAAAAAUGUUAACAUAAAACCAUAUCAUUUAGUGCCUAGACAGUGCUCACGAAAAAAUAUUUACAUAUGUGGUGGUUUCACAAGACCCAAAGGUGGUCGUUGGAGCGACGCUUUGACGUUGAACACUGUGGAAAGAUACGACACAUUCUUCAAGAUAUGGCACGAGUGUCCGAGUUUUCAGUUUAAUCGCAGUGCUCUUGGUGCGGGGGUUAUAAACGGACAAGUUUGUGUGGUGGGUGGGGAAAACGACAUGUUGAUUUUGGACUCGAUUGAAAUGUACGACCCGAUUACGUACGAGUGGACGUGUAUUCCUGGGAUGACCUCACCAAGAUGUGGCUUAGGUGUGUGCACGAUUGACAAUUGUCUUUACGCUGUGGGUGGCUGGAUUGGCUCGGAGAUUGGAGGAACCGUCGAGCGGUAUGACCCAGACCAGCAGACAUGGAGCGUCAUAGCUCACUGUAGGUCGCUGAGAUGCUGGAUGGGGUGUACUGCAGAUAAUGGUUUAAUGUACAUCGUCGGGGGAAGCAAUGACCUUGGAGACGAAUUAACCUCCGCCGAAUCUUUCAACCCAGUAACCAAGGAGUGGACAUCUUUACCGGACCUGAACACCAGGAGGUCUUAUCCAGGAGUUGCUUUCCUUAACGAUUGUUUAUACGCGGUUGGUGGUUGGAAUGAAGGCGAGGGAGCACUCAACAGUGUUGAGAAACUAGAUUUAAAAAAGGGUUGUUGGGUCGAUGUUGCACCCAUGUGUCAAGGUCGCGCAGGCCCGACUGUUGUAGUCGUUAAUAACAUGCUCUAUGUGAUGGGAGGGCGGAGUUACGAGGAUGAAUACACUGCGCCAAGCUCCCUCGACACCAUGGAGGGGUACGAUCCACUGACGGACACAUGGACCGACCUCGGGAAAAUGCUUUCUAGUCGUUGUGAGGGUGCUGCUGUGGUUAUCUGAACAGAACAAAAAUACAGUCAAACCCUGUUGGCUCCAACUCUCAGGGACCGGUGAAAACACCUCGAGCCUCGGAAAUUUCGAGCCAAGCGGGAUUGUUUACCUUCAAUAUAAGGCAAUCGGUCCUUUACAUCUAGUUCGAGCCAUCAAGUAAUUCAACCCAUGUGAGUUCGAGCCAAGACGGUUCAACCAUUAAAUAGAAAAUUGAGAAAAUGUUUCGUUAUUAACUUAUUUGAUAGAAACAGCUUCAUUUAAUUUGAAAAUAAGUGAAAGAGAACUGAAGGGUUUUGUUUCGAAAUUUUAUGACUUAUCAGUAUCUGCUUUAGUUAAAGAUUAUUGUUUAGGAUUAUUGUUUUGGAUUUUGACUGUGUAUUUUUGGGGUGGAGAGAUUGCUUUGCUUAGGGGACUUAUUUGUAUGCUUAAUCAUGAUCAUUAGACAUCACACAUGACUUUCAGACAAAAAUACUUGUUUGUGUUAAGAUUUGACUUGCCCAUUUAUGGGCAUUCUCAGUACAAAGUCUAUUCAUAGUAUGUAACUCCAUUGAAUACUCUAGGCAAAUUGAUUGCAAAACCAUGUUCUCAGGAAUAAAGUCCACACAUUUGAUUGAGCGGUCGAGGCACAACCAAGCGAUACAGAACAGCCAAGUACCUACAGUUGCAUAGGAAUAUUCAUGCCUAUUUUCCCAAAGUGAAUUCUGUAUUCUUAUCAGAAUAAUAUAGCAUUGAUUCCAACAAAGUUCAUGGGAUAUGAUUUUUUUAAGUUUCUGAGACAGACACAAAGCACUUUUCCUAUUUAUUAUCUUCCAUUUGCAGAGAACAAUUUCCACUAAGUUGAUCGUGUAUUUUCUUAUCAGCUGUAUGUUAAUUAUUGCAUUGCAUUAUCUUUGAGAUUCUUUUCUAGUCACUGUUUGUUUUGUUAUGUUGCUUAUAAUGUUACCUUACUUCCCUCACAUAAACAAUUAUUAUGUCUUGAUUCAUACAAUAUGUCAAUAUUAGACAAUUUGUCCUAGAUCUGGCCCAAAUUUCUUGAAACUGCUUAUUAGCCAAAAUACAUACUUAAAUUGGAUUUUGAUAAAUGAAGAAUGGCUUAUUGUAAAAAUCAUUAAGAUAUCUCAUUAUUAAAGAUCAAAAACUCUAACUUAAAGUAGUAAAUAUUUAACAAAUUAUGCCAAAACAAAAAAUAGUGAGCUAAGCUUGAUCCUGUUAUAAGGAAAUUAAGAAGUUUCGAAAAAUUGGGGCCAGGGCUCAUGAUUACGAUCAGUCUCUAGAUGGAGUCUUGACUCACACUCAGAAAAUCAAGAGUCAAGAAAGCCAAUUUAGUUAAGUUUAAACAUAUUUAUUUUACAACGAUUGUGAAACAAGUUAUUACAACAUUAUAUUAAUCACUCUUGUUGGCACGAUUUUACGCGAGAGUGUGGUCUUGUGUCGUGGGGAAAACCGGAGAACCCGGAGAAAACCCACUUGUCCGGCUUGGUGACCACAAACCAAACUCACAUGCGCCCAAGCUGGGAAUCGAACCCGGGUCGCCUAGGUGAGAAGCGAGUGCGCUAACCACUGCGCUAACCGGACAAAGCCAAUUUCAUCAGGCCCACAAAAUAUUUGCGGAUGCCCUUUAGUUAUCAUCCUGUCUGUCUGUCUGUUUGUCAAGAUAUUAAGUUCAAAACAUUAUUCACUCGCUCACAGUAAUAAUACUCUCUUUCAUGACAAGUUAUGUAAAUUAUGCUUAAAUAUUGUCACAUUUAUGGACCGUUGUAUUCUUAAAAAUUAUGCCAUAUUUUAUGGUUUUGUUCAUGACUUAAAAACAUUCAAGCUAUUAAGAUCAAACUUACCACACUUGCUCAGAACAAGUCAAUAGAUGGAAAGCAGUACAUUUGUCAAGGAUGUCGACCACACUAAUAAAAAAUAAAAUGUCUGUUUCAACAGUUUCGAAUAACUUAAUAACAUGCUUUCAAGUAGCACCCCCUUUCAAAUAUGCUAUAAUUUGUGGCCAUUAAAGUGACACUCUUAUUCAAAAACAAUGCAUACACAUGUAUAACAAACUAAAAUGUUGACUGAUAAAUUUUAAACUACUUACUCAAUAAUGCAUUUAUGGAAAAUAUUAAAUACUGAUAACAAGAAUACGCAAAUAUUCAAUACUGAUGACUGAAAACGCAAAAAUAUUAAAUGAUUGGUGAAUGCUAAAAGAUUUACUGUGGUCUACUAUAGCCUCAUAAGGUAGAAUACCGUGUUUUAUGCACCUUUCUUUCAAAUUAAACUCAGUAUUCUUCAUAAGAACCUUUGUUUUCAACAUUUAUUCAUCCUUUUUGGAAUACUAAAACAAUAGUAUUAAUUGGGGUAAAUCUUAUUUGGUAUUAAGAGUGCAUCUUUAAAUUAUCACUCAUGUGGUGACUCUAGUUUACUAUCACUUUGAAAACAUUUGAUGCAUUUGUUAUCUCAACAUUAUAAAUUCUUUAUUUAUGUGAAUCAUAUUUUGCCAUAUUUAUCAUAAAACAUGACCGUCCUCGAUUUCAGUCAGACUGAUGUAUAAAUUAGUACAAAUGUCACUUUUUUCAGAAUAAUUUCUAGAUUGAAUACAUUUCUGAUACACAUAGUAAGCAUUUAUUGCAGCAAAUUAUUGCGUGCCCCACAAACUUUUACAAUAGUAUGGUACACAUAUACGUUUUUCUGUAUUUAAUUGUGUGCAAUAUAAUGUCUGAUUUCAUACCAAACAUAGAUAGUUAUAUUAAUGAGGAAUGUUUAUAGAUAAAAGUGCCAAUUUUAUUUCCUUUUAUGGAAGUUUAAGCUGUUUAUUUACCAUGGAGACACAUUUCAUGUACAGCUGAUGUGCGGCAGACAAUUAAUUACUUUAAAGGGACUAGACACCAGAUGAUACAAUUGCUAGAAAAAAUGAAAAUUGUCAAAAACUUACAUAAAAUUGAUAUCAUUGAGUCAUUCUUACUGACGUAUCACAUCGCUGACGACACAUGUAUCUUUCGCAGUUUUUUCGUAUUUUUCCAAUUCAAAAUUUACUUGGGUUUUCUACCACAUCAAUCCCAGUUCAUUUAAAAAUAUGUAUACAGGUAUAUGUAUCUGUACUAAUCACGUGACUUUCACAUGCUUAAUAUACACAGGUAAACCAUUAUAAAUUUGUGAACAUUUUAAACAAAAUAUUGUUUUAAUUAUAUAAAAUGAUCGUGUCAGCGACCUCUAACUACCUUGUAUAGACAGUUCUAGUCUUUUCUUGUAGAAAUAAUGUAUUUGCUGAUUUUGGAACCAUCUGGUGUCUAGUCCCAUUAAAUGUGAUUUUAAAGUCAAUAGGUGUUUUCAUAUAAUUAAAGUAAGGCAAACAAAAAACUGUUGAAAUAUUACUUCAAACAUUUAAAUAACAUCAACUGAUUACUUUGUGUAUAGUGCGGUGUACAUGUUUUAGAAUUUAUAUCUUAACCUCAUCAGUGUUAAAUUGUACAUGUGCAUGUUGAACAUUAUAGCCAAGCAUAUAUGUCUUUCAUUUCACUAUUUAUGAUACAGUGUUUGUAUUGUCACCAUAUGGGGAAACAGGCUGAGGCCUUUGAUUAGGAAAAAGGGUAAUUUGGGCUAAAAUUCUUCAAAUUUUGCUUAGAAAUAACAAUGAUUGCCUUUAAAUAAAAUAGACAGAAAAUAUAAAUCUUUUAAUAUAUAUAUAUAUAUAUCUACAUUAUUAUUAUUAUUAUUAUUUGUUUAUUUUUUUUAAACAGAAAUUGGGAAUUUUAUUUUAUCUUUUGGAAAAAGGCUACAUGUAUAUGUAUUAGCAUUGGGAAUUUGACCAAAGUUUGUCCUAAAUUGGUCAGAAAACAAACAAACUUGAUUCUGAUAUAUGUGUUAUGUGUAAGUGCUACUUUACUUUGUUAAACAAAGUGUACCUGUGUCAUAUAUUAGUUUAUAAAACAGAACAUUCCAUUUUGUAUCAACAUGCUUUGUUUAUGAGGGGUAUUUAAUAUGUACUGUUACUUGGGAUUGUUUUUUCAAUGAUUAAUUCCGAAAAUAAAUCUUGCCACCGGUCA